CGCCGUCCCCUCUUGAAUACUGAAUACAAUCAAACAGAUUAAUCCCAAACUUUUCAGACUCUUUGGAUAUAAAUUACUCACCGCUAAAUCGAGUGGCAAAAUGAAGAUCAUAAUCAUGAACGUCCCACGAUCCACACUCCAAAUUCCAAAUCAAUGCCUUUCGUAAUGAAUCAAUUUAACAUUUGUCCGUUUCCGAUUAACAUCACAUCAUCAGAGCACUUCCACACGUCUCGGCAAUGGCGGCGGCGGCAACAACCUUAAUGACGCUAUGAUCCCUUUCUUUUUUUGUGGUUUUGAUCAACUCUUUCCCAUUGGAUAUUUUAGUAUUUCCAUGGCCACGUUCUCGAUGGAUCAGAAUCAGAGUAUGGCUUAUCGUCAUUCUGUGGCGGUGCACGCAUAACAAUGAAUGUAACAGGACAUAAAAUAGAGAAGGUGAAGAAAGAGAAUCAGACGAGGCGAUGUUUGAUGAAAAAUUCGAGGCUGAUACUUGUUUACACUAGAUAUUCUAUAUCCACUCAUCCAAAUUUUCAAACUGGGCCUUGACGUGGGAUGUAUGUGCUUUUCCUUUGACUAUAAUACACAGAAGGAGGCUUCAGCUAGGAGCUAGGGUUGGCUUUCAAGAGCGUUUAUACCUUGCUUCUUCUGUGUCAUAGGCUGAAGGAAGGGGACAUAUGAAAAAGAAAAGGAAGUAAAAGAGAAGAAUACAUUUUGGGGACGGCUCCUGUGGACUAUACCAGGAAACCAAGUUUGUUAGUGCCAUUAGCACAAUGAGUAAUGAUGAUGAAAGCUCUCUGUCACAUACUCAACCCAUUGGAAGAUGGUCGAUAUUCUGUUUUGGCUUGGGGCAUAUGCUCAAUGACAUUACUGCUGCCUGCUGGUUUACUUAUCUGCUACUUUUCUUGACCGAUAUUGGAUUAUCUCCAGGGAAUGCUGCUACUGUUAUGCUUUCGGGUCAAGUAGCAGAUGGAGUAACGACAAUUUUUGCUGGUGAACUGAUAGACCGGUUUGGACAUCUCAAAAUAUGGCAUGGUGCUGGAUCUGUGUUGGUGGCAGUUUCAUUUUCUUCUGUUUUUGGUGGUUGCCUACCCUGCAUAUUCUAUUCCAGAAGUUCGUCGACAUUGCAAACUGUAGGCUACAGCUUCUUUGCGGCAAUCUUUAAUGUUGGUUGGGCUGCCACUCAGGUUUCACAUAUGUCUAUGGUUAAUUGUAUUACAUUGAACUCAACUAGUAGAGUGGCAUUGGCUAGCUGCCGCAAUGCUUUUAAUAUGGUUGCAAAUCUUAGUCUGUAUGCAGUGGCUUUGUUAGUGUUCAGUAUCACGAAGGCAAAAUCACAUGCAGAUAUUGAAUAUCAGUAUCGAGUGAUAGCAUAUAUUUCAAUUUUCAUUGGGUGCUGCUUUGUGGUCAUAUUUCUAGUGGGGACAAAGGAGCCAAGUUUGAAGGUUGCUGUACAGGGAAAUCGGGGUACAAGGAUCUCAUGGUCAUAUUGGUUCAAGAAAGUCUUAUAUUAUCAAGUUGCUCUUGCUUAUGUACUUACAAGACUGAUAGUCAAUGUUUCGCAGGCAUUUCUGGCAUAUUAUGUUAUUAACGAUUUGCAUAUGGCACAGUCGGCCACAGCUUUGGUUCCUGCAAUAAUCUAUGUCUUCAGCUUCAUCAUAUCUGUGGUUCUCCAGGAGGUUGUUUGGACCGGCCAACGCCUGAAGAUAUAUUAUUCUGCUGGAGGCAUUAUUUGGAUGUUUUGUGGUGCAGCGAUACUCAUUUUACCUUCAAGCUUGAGUGCUUUUAUGUACGUCAUGUCCACGUUUAUUGGCAUAGCAAAUGCUUUAAUGAUGGUGACUGGAGUGAGUAUGCAAAGUGUUCUAGUUGGAACGGAUCUGAAUGGUUGUGCAUUUGUGUGUGGUUCAUUAAGCUUCCUCGACAAAAUCUCAUGUGGGCUUGCGCUAUAUUUUCUGGAGUCAUUUCAGAGUAGCACUGCGUUACAUGUUUCCGAAAACACUCCUCUCAAUGCCACCUAUAUUUCGGUUACAAGAUAUGGUCUAGGACUUGUGCCCGCAGUUUGUGCAUUUCUUGGAGUAGCAGUUACAAUCAGCAUGAACCUUGGUGCCCCUUACGCCAAGUACUUGACAGAAUCUCUACUGGAAUAACGGUAGAAACGUUGGCCCCCAAGCGGAAAAUCUGUAUAUAGACCUAUUCCAAUUCACUAUUGCCGACAUUGAUUUCACAUCCAAAGAAAAACAAAAUAGUAUCUCUGCAAAGGAACUACGUACAUGACAGAAGAUCAAGUUGACAAAACUAAUCGAUGAAAUUCAUCGUCAAAGCGAUUUCUAUACUGAUAUAUAGCACAGGUAUCAAACUAUCAUUUGCUCAAAGAAUUACUCAUCCAGUUAGUUUCAGUUGCUCGCUGAAAAUGGAUGGAUUAUUAUCUGCUCGUCCCCAAGGAAUUCUAAGAUUAGCUUUGAUUCUUGUUACUGACUGCUUGGUUUACUUUUUGCUGCCUCUAGUUGUAGAAUGUUCAUUUCAAGGCAACAAUUUCAUAAACUAUUCUUAAGCCAAUCUCGGUUGGUUUGUAUACUAGAACACCCAUGUGGGAUUUCGAUCUUCUCUAUAUAUUUUUUAAUUUGCUUUGUUCC